CCGCGUCCCUUUGUUGGCUCAGCGGCGGCGGCGGCGCUGUGUGUUGUUGUCCCGCGGGCAGAGGCAGGCCGCGGCGCAGGAGCAGCCAGGAGCCCGCGCGGGGGGAGGGCUCAGGGUCGGCGCGGGCAGCCCCGGGCCGCCGCCUCGCCAUGGACUCGGACGAGGGCUACAAUUACGAGUUCGACGAGGACGAGGAGUGCAGCGAGGACAGUGGCGCCGAGGAGGACGAGGACGAGGACGACGAGGACGACGAGCCCGACGACGAUAACCUGGACCUGGGCGAGGUGGAGCUGGUGGAGCCCGGGCUGGGCGUAGGAGGCGAGCGCGACGGGCUGCUGUGCGGGGAGACGGGCGGGCUGGGCCCCGGCGGCGGCAGCGGGCUGGGCGGCGGGCCGGGCCCCGGCGGGGGCGGUGGCGGCCACGAGCAGGAGGAGGACUAUCGCUACGAGGUGCUGACGGCCGAGCAGAUCCUGCAGCACAUGGUGGAGUGUAUCCGGGAGGUCAACGAGGUCAUCCAGAAUCCAGCAACUAUCACCAGAAUACUACUUAGCCAUUUCAACUGGGAUAAAGAGAAGCUGAUGGAAAGGUAUUUUGAUGGCAACUUGGAGAAGCUUUUUGCUGAGUGUCAUGUAAUUAACCCAAGUAAAAAGUCUCGAACACGUCAGAUGAACACAAGGUCAUCAGCCCAGGACAUGCCUUGUCAGAUCUGCUAUCUGAACUACCCCAACUCGUACUUUACUGGCCUAGAGUGUGGACAUAAGUUCUGUAUGCAGUGCUGGAGUGAAUAUUUAACUACCAAAAUAAUGGAGGAAGGCAUGGGACAGACUAUUUCGUGCCCUGCUCAUGGCUGUGAUAUCUUAGUUGACGACAAUACAGUUAUGCGUCUGAUCACAGAUUCAAAGGUUAAAUUAAAGUACCAGCAUUUAAUAACUAAUAGUUUUGUAGAGUGUAAUCGACUGUUAAAAUGGUGUCCUGCCCCAGACUGCCACCAUGUUGUUAAAGUUCAGUAUCCUGAUGCUAAACCUGUUCGCUGCAAAUGUGGACGUCAGUUUUGCUUUAACUGCGGUGAAAAUUGGCAUGAUCCUGUUAAGUGCAAGUGGUUAAAGAAGUGGAUUAAGAAGUGUGAUGAUGACAGUGAAACUUCCAAUUGGAUUGCAGCAAACACAAAGGAAUGCCCAAAAUGCCAUGUGACCAUCGAAAAAGAUGGAGGCUGCAAUCACAUGGUCUGUCGGAACCAGAACUGUAAAGCAGAGUUCUGCUGGGUGUGUCUUGGCCCUUGGGAGCCACAUGGAUCUGCCUGGUACAACUGUAAUCGCUACAAUGAGGAUGAUGCAAAGGCAGCAAGAGAUGCACAGGAGGAAUUAACACAGCGAUCCAGAGCAGCCCUGCAGAGGUACCUGUUCUACUGCAACCGCUAUAUGAACCACAUGCAGAGCCUGCGCUUUGAGCACAAACUCUAUGCUCAGGUGAAGCAGAAAAUGGAGGAGAUGCAGCAGCACAACAUGUCGUGGAUUGAGGUGCAGUUCCUGAAGAAAGCAGUUGAUGUCCUCUGCCAGUGUCGUGCCACACUCAUGUACACUUAUGUCUUUGCCUUCUACCUCAAAAAGAAUAAUCAGUCCAUUAUCUUCGAGGUAGGGAAAACACAUUUGUACUCCUUACUUCAAGCAAGCAACAUUACUGGGUACCACGGGGGGACUUGAUCCGUGGAAAGGAGU